UGUUGAAAUAAUAACAAUCUGCAGUCUGCCAUUGAGCUUGACAAAACUUGAACAAAACCUGAGCAAACAUCUCGAGCGAUGGCUUCACUGACUUCAAAUCAAGAAGAGGAUAUGUGCUGCCCUGUGUGCUGCGAUUUCUUCACCGACCCAGUGCUUCUGGACUGCAGCCAUAGCUUCUGCCGCACAUGCAUAGACAAGAGCUGGAGCAGUCAGUUCAGAAAGACAUGCCCUGUUUGUAGGAGAGAAUGUUUCAAUGAAAACCCCCUGAGCAAUUUGGUCUUGAGGAACAUUGUGGAUAGUUUUAGGGACAGAAAAAAAUCAAGUGUAGAAUGCAGUGUGGAAAGGCAAGAAUCCCAAGUAAGUAGGAAGGAAUCAACAGAGGGAGCAGAGGAAAGAGAGAACUUUUGCAGUCUACAUGGAAAGAAACUAUUCUUCUUCUGCAUGGACGACCAGGAAGCUUUGUGUACGGUGUGUCAGCGAUAUACCAGGCACAAGGAACAUCACAUAAUUCCAGUGGAGGAAGCCACCCAAGAACUAAAGGGGAAGGUCAGGCUCUCAUUAGAGCCACACAGGGAGGAACUAAAUAUCCUCCGGACGAAAACGGAUGAAUGUUUCAGGAUAACACAGCAUAUCAAGGAACAAACCAGAUCCACUAAGAGUUUGAUCAAAAAAGAUUUUGAACAGUUGCAUCACUUCCUGCGACUAGAGGAAGCGGCACGGAUUUCAUCAUUGGAGGAUGAAGCUGAGGUGAAAAGAAACAUCAUGAAGAAGAAUCUGGGGGAGCUCCGCAAAAAAGUAGAAUCACUGUCCAACACCAUCCAAACCAGAGAGAAAUUCUUAGAAAGAGAAGACCUCCAUUUCCUCCAGGCUUAUAAAAUCUACAAUGACAGUGCUCCUUGCGAUUUCCAGGAGAUUAUUUGCAAUCUACCAGAUGCCCUUGUAGAUGUAGCUAAGCACCUGGGAAACCUGAAGUUCAAUGUGUGGGAGAAGAUGCUGGGACAAGUGCAGUACAGUCCUGUAAUUGUGGACCCAAACACUGCAGCUCCAUGGCUCAAACUGUCAGAAGAUUUAACCAGAGUGCAUUAUGGAGGCUUGCAGACAGAGAUUCCUGAUAAUCCAGAGCGCUUUGACCUCUGUGUUUGUGUUCUGGGUCAUGAGACCAUCGGCGCAGGCACACACUGGUGGGAUGUGCAGGUUGUGGGUAAGACGAAAUGGGACAUGGGGGUUAUGAUGGAGUCUGUGAGCCGUAAAGGCAUUCUGAAUGUCAACUCCGAGUGUGGAUUCUGGGCACUGGCUUUAAGAGAUGGUGGCCAGUACAGUGCCUGCACAAAACCCUGGACUACGCUCCAACUGAAAAGAAAACCUCACAGGAUUCGAGUCUGCUUGAACAAUGAUGAGAAGGAGCUAUCCUUUUACGACCCACUUGAUAUGACACAUAUCUACACCUUCACACACCUGCCCUCCGAAAAGCUCAUCCCCUUCUUCUCUCCAUGUGUGAGUGACCAGGGCGUUAACAAAGAGCCUUUGAGAAUCAUCCCAAUCAAGGUGGCAGUAAAAAUCACUCCAGAGCAGGCUGAUUGAACUUACCCAGAGAUGUUGAGUCUGUUCCAUUUGUUCUGUGCUUGUCAUGGGUCAACUUUUUGAAAAGUCUUUGUAUAUGUGAAGUGGGGGUGGGCAAGUUUUUGAAAAGUCUUUGUAUACAGUAUGUGUAGUUGAAAAAUAAAUGUGGACAUACACUUCAUCACUCGCGCACCCCCAUCAUGCUGAUUGGGGACCAGGCGUGCGUUGUUCCAGUUUAUUUUAUUACAUGUUCUUAAUUGAUUUUUUUUUUUAUGUAUCUUGAUUUUCUUUCAAAUUUACAUGUAAAACACUUUAAAUUGCCAUUGUGCCAUUGCUAAAUAAAUAAACUUGCUUUUCCUUGCCUUGCCUAG